AUGGGGCCAGAAGUUGUUCAAGAGACGACAACGAAGAUAAAGAUUAUUCAAGAUCGUCUAAGGACAGCUCAACGUCGACAGAAAAGCUACGCUGACCAAAGAAGAAGACCUUUAGAGUUUCAAGUUGGAGACCAAGUCUUCUUGAAGGUUAGUCCAAGACCUGGCAUUAAACGAUUUGGUAAGAAGAGUAAAUUGGUGCCACGUUACAUUGGGCCAUUUAAAAUUCUACAUCGUAUUGGUGAAGUAGCUUAUCGAUUAGCUUUACCACCUUCGUUGGCGAAUAUACAUAAUGUAUUUCACGUAUCCAUGCUUCGGAAGUACCAUGCGGAUCCAUCACACUUCAUCGAAUGGAAAGACAUACAAUUGAAUGAGGACGCAACCUAUAUCGAGAAACCGUUACGAGUUGUGGACUCCAAAGAGCAAGUCUUACGAAACAAGACCAUCAAGUUGGUGAAAGUGAUUUGGCAACAUCACGACACUAAGGAGAUAACUUGGGAACUAGAAUCUGAGAUCCGGGAGAAAUAUCCGGAGCUACUUGAUGGUAACUUUCAUAGCUCUUUCCUUUAUCUUGAAUUUCGGGACGAAAUUCUUUUAAGGGGAUAA